AUGUCAUCAAACAUUUCUGGAAAAUUCCUUUGCUCUACCCUUCUUGUGAAAUCAUUCACAGGAGAAAAGUCUCACUUGACGAAUGAUGACGCUGGCAGUGGAGGUGGUGAUGAAAACAACGACGAGCAAAUAAUUUCAACUUUAAAUGUAGAUGUUGAAGAUGAUGGAAACAGUGUAGCAAAUGGUGAUAAAAGACAGCAGAAAUCGGAAAAUCUGGCUUUAUAUCGCCACUGGGAAGGUCUAAGUCUAAAUUUUGAAAAACAAGCGGAAAAUUUCCAAAAAAGGGUUGAAAGAGGAAAGAGAUCGAACAGAUGCCGAAAUGCGGCAGUUACGUAA